AGGGAAGGGCAAGAUCCUGCUUUUACUUCUCCUCUUCCCUCUGCUGAGUGUAAACUACUCUUGCACUUUCAGUUUGCAGUAAGCUGAAGACAAAGGAGGAAAGUGGGAGAAGGAAAGUCACAUGGGGGCAUGUUAAAAGCAGCUGGAAAAGCAGGAUAAAUCAGGACUGAUGCUGCCAAAUCAGUUGCGGGGUAUAUUAGCAUAAUAUUUUGGAUCCCCUUGCUGCAGAUUUAUGUUCUGGUUGUCACAGAUCGAGCAUUCCCCACCUCCAAAAAUGCAAGAAUGGGAAAACAUCACCUGUUGAAUUUCUGCCUGCCAUGCAAAGCAACUGUCCAUAACAUCUGAAACCUGUGGAUUAAAAAGAAAAACACCCAAAGAAAUCCCGGGCAGAAGCUCCCAGCAUGACCGAUACUGGCACCAUCCCCGGCAGCGGCAAGAUCUACCGGCGGAAGAGCAGGCGCCGCAUGACCUGUCCUAACCCCCGGGAAAUCAACCAGGCCUUAGCCUCUCUUGCCUUGGGAGAACUGAACCGUUCCUGCACUUUGGAGGAGUUGAUUGAGAAAUGCCUUCGCUCUUUUGAUUUGGAGGGGAACCUGUGCACCAGCGACGUCAUGGUAAACAUGACAUUAACUGUCCACAGUUGGGUGGUCCCAUCUGCAGAGCUGGCACGACGUCUCCUGACUUUAUACCAAGAAGCAACCAAGGAGAAGAUGCAGGAGCGCCAGCUGAGGAUCUGCCACUUCAUCCGGUAUUGGCUCAUCACUUAUCCCGAAGCCUUCCACCUGGAUCGGCAUUUGGAGGAGGCUAUUGCUGAGAUUUUGGAAGUGGUGAGGAAGGAAGGCCAGAAGGAGUGCUGCCAUCUGCUUGACACAUCCAGCAUUGUGACCCAUUCCUCAAGCCAUUCCAUCAGUUGUCAGAGCUCCAGUUGCGGCAAGAAGCGGAAAGUCUCGCUGCUUUUUGAUCACCUGGACGCAGGCGAGUUAGCCAUCCACCUCAGCUACCUGGAGUUCAAGGCCUUCUGCCGCCUCUCGUACCUGGACUUCCGGAAUUACGUACUUCAUGGGUCUGUGCGUGGAAGUCUGGCGCUGGAGCGUGCAAUCUCUCUGUGCAACAGCAUCUCUCAAUGGGUGCAGGUCAUGAUCCUCAACAGGCCCACGGCCCAACAGAGAGCUGAAGUCUUCAUUAAGUUCAUCCGCGUUACUCAGAAAUUAAGACAAUUGCAGAACUUCAGCACCCUGAUGGCAAUUGUGGGGGGGCUCUGCCACAGCGCCAUAGCUCGCCUCAAAGACACGCAUGCGCUGCUCCCCUCCGAGGUUACAAAGGUGCUGUCCGAAAUGACGGAGUUGCUUUCCUCGAGUGGAAAUUACGGAGCGUACCGACGGGCGUAUGCCAACUGCGACGGCUUCAAGAUCCCCAUUGUGGGCGUCCACCUCAAAGACCUGGUGAUGUUGCAUGAGGCCAUGCCGGACCGCGUGGAAGGUGGGCGACUCAACUUGAGCAAGUUGCAGAGCCUCUAUGAGCCGGCCCGGGAGCUCCGGAUGCUUCAGCAGGCCCACCCGCCAUUCCAAGCCGACAAGGAUCUCAUCCACCUGCUCACUCUCUCCCUAGACCUCUAUUACACAGACGAGGAGAUGUACACGCUCUCCUACGCCCGGGAACCCCGAUGCCCAAAGACACUGCCACCUUCCCAGUUCAAAACGCCCGUGGUGCUGGAGUGGGCACCUGGAGUAGCCCCCAAACCUGACCGGGUCACUAUCAAGAGGCAUGUCCAAGAAAUGGUUGAGACUGUGUUCAAGAAUUAUGACCCUGAACAACGUGGCUGCAUCUCUCAAGAGGAUUUUGAAACCAUCUCCACCAGUUUCCCCUUCUCCUUCUAUGGAUUUGAAAGAGACCGCGACGGACCCUGGAGCCGAGAAGAGCUGACAGAGUACUUCAUGCGGGCCUGUGCCAUCGUCUCCAAACUGGGUCUUGGCUACCUGCAUGACUUCCAUGAAGCCACCUUCAAGAAACCCACCUUCUGUGACAGUUGUAAUGGUUUUCUCUGGGGAGUCUCCAAACAGGGAUACCGAUGUCGGGACUGUGGCAUGACCUGUCACAAACACUGCAAAGACCAGGUAGAAGUAGAAUGCCAGCGGCGCCUCCAUUCCUGCACCUCCGACAGCACCACGCCACGGAUUGCCACGCCAGCCGCCGUCACGACUCCUCACCCUAGCUCUGGUUCAGAGGAAGAAGCUUUCCUCUUCCCACCACGACGGGAGCAAGGCAGGAGCCCCCUUGUCAUGCCACCAUCCAUCACAGGCAGCCAAAGGAUGAAACACGCCAGCACCCAAACAGAGGCUACUAGCCCUGCUGCUGAAAGGCAAGAGGAGUCACCUACGGGGCCAGGUGGCCGCAGGAGGAGUCAACGGCAGCUACUGGAAAAGCUGAAGGAGUUGGAAAGGGAAAGGGACAAACUCAUGCUGGCCAACCAACGCCUCCAGACCCGCAACUUGCAACUGGAAACAGAGAACAGCCGACUGCUGAAGGAGGAUGCAACCAAUCUUCCUUCCCUCUACUGCUGGAAGGCAUGGACUGCUUGCAACAACUACAGCCCUUCCAAGCCUAACUGAACAAGGAGAGAGAUGGGAGCUUUGGGAGAGAAGGGAUCUUGGCUUGCAAUGUGGAAGACUUUGAGGGUGUGAAUAAAAUAGACUAUUUAUGAACUGGAA